UGCAUGAUAAUACAGCCCCUAGCUCAGGACAAGGAAGAGACCUGUGUGAACACAUCUGUGUCUAGGCUGACACAGUCUUCACUCAUGCACACACAGACCUGCCUGUUAGGCCAACAGGUGCAUACACACAUGGAAAUAUGCACAUAUACACGCUCCCAUUCGAUGCAUGCUUUCAGACACACAGUGCGCUCAGACAGCUACCCCGAAGUCCAGUACAAAUUCUCACAGCGGUAGUUUCCAAAGGUGGCUGCCAGCUAGUCUUGUAUUUCUCCCACCAUCUGUCAAGAAGAAAACCUUCUAUCCUCCUCUUGUCCGUUUGUGGUGGAAGCAAUGCUCUGACAUUUCUGAGCCCAUGCUUGAAGAAGCCCGGGAAGGAGCCAUCUAUGAAUGAAUGAGUCCAUCCAUCCGGAGGCUGCCAUGUUGGGAGGAAGCCCAAGUGAGCCACACAAGUCCCAAGUGCUGGGACUAAAGGACCUUGUUCUGCAGUCCAUGCUGUCCUUGGUCUUAUGGCAAUCCUCCUGCCUCAGCCUCUCAAGUACUAGGGCUAUUGAUGGAGUCCCAAUGCCCAGCCGAUAUUCAACAGCAGGAAUGACGAAGAUGCUGAUGAUGAGGAUGCUGAUGAUGAAGAUGCUGCUCACUGCUCUCUGCGGCCAGCUCUCUCCCAGCAUCAUGGCUUUCAGUGGCAAAUUUGAAUUUGAGAGUGAGAAGAACUAUGACGAGUUCAUGAAGGGCCUGGGUGUUUCAGAAGACGUGACUACAAAGGCACGGAACCUAAAGAUCACCACAGAGAUCCAGCAGAAUGGACAGGACUUCACCUGGAUCCAGUCUUACUCUGGGACCAACAUCAUGACCAACAAGUUCACCAUUGGCAAAGAAAGUGAAAUUCAGACCGUGGGAGGCAAGAAGUUCAAGGCUACUCUGAAGCUGGAGAACGGGAAGGUGGUGGUAGACUUGCCCAACUUUCACCAGACCUCAGAGAUCGUGGGUGACAAGCUGGUAGAGAUCUUCACCAGUGGGGGUGUGACCUAUGAACGAAUAAGCAAGAGGCUGGCUUGAGCCUCCACCCUGGGCUGGGCUCUGAGGGGCUACAACCCUCCAAUAAAUGUGCUUCAUGCUA